AUGCCACCUCAAACCCAGCAAGGCCGCCGCAGCUCUUCGGGCGUUGCUGGGAUCGACAUCAUCACACCAUCCACAAGACAUGACGACACGGUGAAAAGGAUGGUCCUGCGCAGGUUCCGACGCACCAUGAGGCGGCUCUUCGGCGGGCGCUGGAAGCAGAUGAGUGACGGGGAGGUCAAGGAGCUGGAGAAACAGAUCGCAGCCGAGAUGCGCACCGGCACCUUCCGCGCCGUCGAGCCUGCCAUCCAACCGCCGACCGCCGACGAGCUGUGGCAGCGCCAGGAUGACGGGGGCGGCGGCGGGGCUGCCGCGGCGGACAGGCUUCCCACCAUGUCGUCCACCACCAAGAGGUCGACGGUUGUUUCACAGGCGUCGCGGGGUCAGUACUACGACGAGUACGGGGACGACUACGGCGGGUACCAGGACGCGCACUCAGUCGCCGGAUGGGGAGGAGCAGCGAGCAGCGACUCCGGGUACGGGCCCGGCUACUACGACCGCGUCCCGCCGCGGCAGCCCGCCAAGGCGCCGGAGUACUACGUCCCCGGAGGCGGACCCUUCGACAUACCUGAGGCGAGGCCCGAGUCCGUGUACGAUGGAGGCUCACGCGCGAACAGCAUGAGGAGUACCAUCACGACGCGGACCAGCCGGAGGCCGCCGACACAGGGCUACUACCCACCCAACUCUUCUUCGUAUGGGGAGAGCAGGGCCUACUCGAUGCGCUCGGACCCGGGCAGAAUAUACGCCCGCAGCCCGAUGCCCCGCAUGUCCCUGCGUUCACAGCCGUCCUGGGACGGGCGUUAUCACGGUGGAGGGGGUGACAGGAGCUAUUCGUAUGGCCCAGGGGAUAGGGGCUAUGGCUACGGCGGGGACUACGGCUACCGUGGUUGGGACGGACAGGACAUCGAGGAGCACGAGUACCCUUCCCAAGAGCCAGGGACACACUAUCAGGACUACCAGUACCCGGAACGCUGA